GACGUUUUGAAAAGUUUACGUUGAACGUUUUUUCUGUUGCCGUCGUCGUUCUUUCGUCGGAAAUUCCGUGUCGUGCGUAAAAAUUCCUGUUUGUCCGUGAAUUUUAGUGUUUUUAACGUGGAGUGAAAUUUGUGCAGCUGUGCGUGAAGAUUGUGCGACUUGUGUGUCCGAUAGAAAAGCAAAAGCAGAGCAUAUCUAAAGUUUGUGUUAGAAGAAGAAAUUGUGUGUUUGUGGUGUCCCGGAAGAAGAAAUGAGUGAUACGACGAAUGGUGCGGCCUCGGCUCCGCCUAACGGAGCCGCCGAACCAGCCAGCAGCAGUGAGAAGCCAAGCACAAAUGGUUCAACGGAUCAACCGCCGGCCAAACCGGCCAGCGGAAUUCCAGCGCCCGGAAGCAAGAUCGGCGUGCGCUCGAUACCGAAACCGUCCGGUAUUAAGCCCCCGACGUUGUCGUCGAUGUCGCACAGCUCGUCGACCACCUCGUUGGCCAGCACCAGUUCGACGGCACCGUUGGGCACCACCAGUCGGAUUGGGCGCCCUUGCAUGGGGCAUCACGCACCGAAGGCCGGUCCACCGCCACCAGAAUCGAAAAACGAUUCUUCUUCGGAUACAGCCUCGAGCAGUCUGAGCAUCAGCAGGAUGAGACGGCCAAGCGAUACCGACUACAGCAAGUCGCACUUGCCAGAUGUUGACGAAGAAAGCGAAACCGACUUGGUGUACGAACGAACAUCGAGAUCUUCGAGAUCACCGGACUCCGGGUUCAGGAGCAAUCGAACGUCCCAGGAUCGAAAAAUUUCAAGCACCUCGGCCACCGGUUCGGAUCUCUACUGGGAAGCAACCGGACGACGCAGGAGCUCAGAUCAAGGGGUUGUCCUGACGACGGACACGGACAGCUUCAUCAUCGGUCAGCGAGUUUGGGUCGGCGGGCUCCGGCCGGGACACAUCGCAUAUAUCGGCGAAACGCACUUUGCCCCCGGAGAUUGGGCCGGGGUGGUGCUGGACGAGCCGAACGGCAAAAACGAUGGAUCCGUUUCCGGGAAGAGGUACUUCCAGUGUGAACCGAAGAAGGGCGUAUUUUCGCGGCUCACCCGGUUGACGCGGGAUCCGUUGCCAGGUGCUGCGACCGCCGGAGGCUCAUCCAGUGCCGGCGAUACUUCGAUGGACCAGAGUCUGCGGUCGUUGACUUCGCCGGCCCGGUCCGGAGCGGUAUCGCCCACGCACAGUGUUUCGAGCUUCAUCUCCAAAUCGCCAGCUGCCGGGAAAGCAGCAACUUUGACAGUGGGCGACCGGGUAAUCGUUUCGUCCGGCUUCGGUUCACGUCCUGGCAUCUUGAAGUACCUCGGCGAGACACAGUUUGCCAGUGGAACCUGGUGUGGCGUACAGCUAGACGAAGCCAGUGGCAAAAACGAUGGAUCCGUUGACGGAGUCAAAUAUUUCGACUGCCCGGACAAGUACGGCAUCUUCGUCCCGAUUGCCAAGGUCACACUGUCGCCCUCUUCCCGGAAGGCGCGCCUGUCCCGGUCCGGCUCCAAGGAAUCCCUGACCUCGGUGGGAACGAUGAGCUCAAUCGCGACCACGGCCACCUCCAGACUCCGCAUGAGCGCACAGAGAAAAUCAUCGGUCAGCGCAGUGCCUUCGACGCCCAAGUCUUCCUUCUCGCUACAGGACGUCCUCCGGGAGAAACAGAAUCACAUCGAGCAACUGAUGCGAGAGCGGGAAAUCGACCGAGAGGAAAACGCCAAUCAGACAAUCAUGUACCAAAAGAGCGUGCAACAGCUGAAGGAAAAACUUGCCAAACUGGAAACGCAACUGGCCGAGGAAAAGCGUCGCAACGAGGACCUCCAGUUCAGCGUCGACGAGGUCACCUUCUGCGGGGAGGAACUUAACCGAAAAAUUCAAAAUUCGGUUCAUGCACAAACGCAAAUCUUCAAAGAACGGAUAGCCGACCUCGAGAAGAAACUUGGCGAGAAGGGCAGCUCCCAAGCCGAGCCGGAUCUUCCCGCCAAGGACACCGUUGAUGCUUCGUCCCAGCUGAACCUGGAAAUCGACAAGCUCAAAGCGGAGAUCCUGCAGCGGGACCAGAAGCUGCAUCUAUCCGAGGAGCUGAAGCACUCGCUGGAGAAUGAAAUCUCCAAGCUGCACGAGCGGGUCGCCGAAGCGGAGAAAAACCUGGACUUCAAGGAGUCGAGUUUCAACAUCAGCGAGCAGUGCCUCAAGGAGAAGAUCGCCUACCUGGAGGACCGGAUCGAGGUGCUGGGGGUCGAGUUGACGGCCAAGGAUGCCGAGCUGGAGAAGCAGUAUCUGGAUCUGAAGAAUGCCGAGGGGCAGCUGGACGAGGAGGUGUCACAUUUGCAGAGCGAUUUGAGGGCUAAGGAGUCGCUUGUGGUGGAGAAGGAACGGCAGAUCGAGAAGCUGACGGGUGAGAUUCAGGGACUGUUGAAUGAUAUCCGGCAACGGGACGUGAAGUUGCUGGAAGGCGAGAGUGGGUUGAAGGCUGUGUUGGAGGAGAAAGAUGGCGCGAUUGGUAAGCUGAAGAAAGAGCUGGAAGAGUUGAGGGUGAAAGAGGAAAGUGCGAAGGUGGCGGUUGAGGAUAGGGGAAGGAAGUUAGGCGAGUUGAAUGUUAGAAUUGUGUCGAAUGAGGAGAUCAUCAAGAAGCUGGAGGAUAGCCUUAAAGAUGCUAAGAAGGUUGAACAAACGCUUGAAGAAGCUAUCAAAGCUAAGGAAAAGAGUCUAGAAGAAAAGGAAUCACUUCUAGCAAAGAUUCAAGAUGAUUUGAAGAACAGCUCAGCAGGAAGCGAACAGCAGAUGGUAUUGCUACGUUCGAAGGAAACAGAACUGGAGCAAAAGCAACACGAAGUCGAAGCAAAACAGUUCCAGAUUAGCAACCUGGAAUCUACCGUCACAGACCUAACCAAAAAAUUGGAAGAAGCCGUCAAGGACAGAGAAGCUCGCUUAGCCGAACAACGCGCGAGCUUGGAGUUUGAAACGAAAUCGAAAGAAGAUUUGCUCAACAAACUUGCCAACUAUGAGACUGAACAGCUUGCCAAAGACAAACUGCUGGAGGACAACGACGUUCUCAUCAGUUCGCUUCAGACCAAACUGAAGGACCUCGAAGUGGCCAAAGCAAGUGUAGUGCAGGAGCUGGAGGACACAACCAAGCGAUUCGCCGACCGGGACAGCGCUCUGGGUAAGCUGAACGAAGAACGGAUGCACUUAAGUGAACAGCUGGAAAAGACCCGAAAGGAAUCUGCUUCAGCAAUUGCACUGCUGGAGGAACGAUUGAAGAAUGCACAAAAACUGCAUGAGGAAGAUGUGCGGAAAGCGAAAGAAGCGCAAAAAGACACACUCGCAUCAAAAGACGCGAUCGUUUCCGAGCUUGAAGCCUCCCUGGACAAACUGCGACAGGAAAAGACCGAACUUUUACUACAGUUGAAUCAAUCAGGUGCAACGCAGAAAACUACCAGCGACGAACUGACCUCUAAGCUCAAUGAAAAUCGAGAACUCAAUAAGCAGAUCGAAUCGCUCACCGCUCAGCUCGCCACCAAAACCGAAAACCUUGACAAACUGAACCAGUCGUUGACGGGCACCAACGGAAAGCUCGAAGCCACCGAAGCGAAGCUGAUCGAACUGCAGGAAGCAUUCGGAAAGCUAGAGAUCGAAUACGCAGAUCUCAAACGCAAGCUGGAAGCUCAGGAGCAGAAAUCGACGCAGCUUCAACAGCAGAAGCAAGACCUAGAAAAGGAAAUCGACACGUUGCGAUCGUCCACAUUGGAUUCGAACUCGGAACUGUCGAAGGUGACCGACGAGUUGAAGACGAAGCAAAAACAGCUAGAGGAACUGCAGGAUGCUUUCAACGGCAGCAAAAUCGACAUGGAGCGACGCUUGGACGAAGCGAAUCAGACGAACCAGGGGCUGAACGAACAGAUCGAUCGGGUGAGGAACGAGAUGCAGCAGGUUUCCAGCCAGAAGAUCGAUCGCGAAAACGAGCUGAACGUGGAGCUGGCGAAGAUCAAGGAGACGGCUGAGAUUGAGAGGGAGAAUUUGGUUCAGGAGAUUGCCGGGUUGAAAGCCAGCUUCGAGGAGGAGCGUAAUCAACUGGUGAAGGGGGGUGUUGCGAAGUCGGAGGAAUUCGAGACGGUGAAAGAGGAGUUGAGUGGGAAGGUUAAGAGCUUGGAGAAGUCGUUGAGCGAAUUGGAACGGGAGCUGGCGAAGAAUCGCGAGUGCGCUGUGAAAGAACGCGAGGAAGCUGAAGGCCGAUUGAAGGAGCAAAUGGAGAAGGAAACGACGUUGCAGAAGGAAUUUGAUGAACUAAAGAAAGAGGAGAGCUCCUUGCGGGCUGCGCUGGAGGAUUUGCGACAAUCGAUGGAAAAGGGCAGCCACGAUGCUUCUUCUCAGUUGGACGCGAAGAAUACUAAAAUUUCCGAACUUGAGAAAGAGCUGCGAUCGGUUCAGGAAGAACUGUCGAGGAAGCAAGAGCAGGUGGAUGAUUCCACUAAGCAGCUGGAGAGGAACGCGGAAACCCAUUCCGAUCUGUUGAAGCAGCUUGAGCAGAACCUGAAUCAGAUUCAGGAGCUGUCUGGUGAUAAGGCAAAGGCUGAGGGUUCGUUGAAGGAGAUUAGCGACGAGCUAGCAUCGUUCAAGGCGAAGUAUGACGAGAUGGAAGAAGAACAGGUCGAUCUGGUGAGCAGAAAAGAAGGAUUGAAGGCAGAGGUGAAGCAGUUGAGGGAUGCUUUGGAAAAUGCGGAGAAGGAGAAAGGCGAGUUCGGUUUGCAGCUGGAGAUGGUUAAAGGAGGUUCGGCGAAAAUCGAGGAAGAAUUACAGGAGAGUAAAUCGAAGUUCGAAGUGGAGAUUGCUCAUCUGAAUGGAUUGAUUGAAGAAAAGAGCAAGGCGAUAGACGAGUUCAAAGCAAGAGUUGAAGAACUGAUGCCGUUGGUUAAGCUGACAGAAGAACUCAAGCAAGAAUUGACAGCUAAGGGAACGUACAUUGAACAGCAUAAGGAGGAGGCACAGAAGCAGUUGAACGAAAUCGAAAGAUUGCACAAGGAAGUUAAGGAAAAGGAAAGCUAUGUGUUUGAAAAGGACAGUUCAGUUGCAGAGCUUCGCAAAAAAUUGGAGCAGAAACAAGAGGAGACGCAGCAGCUGAUGAAGAAGCUCGAAUAUACGGAGAAGUGCCUUACCGAGAAGAGUCAACAGGAAGAAAAAACGGCUGCUACAUCCAGUGAACUGAAGGAAGCGUUGGAAAAAUCUAAAGCGGCUGUCAAGGAACAAGACGAUAAGAUUAAGGAACAAGGCAGGACAAUCAAUGAAUUGGAAACAAAGCUAUCCGCUCAGAGCACACAAUUUGAGGAACUGUUAAACAAGAAGAAGGCUUCAGAGACGGAAAGCUCGCACAAACUUCACGAAAUGAAUCAAAAGUUGCUGGAGCUGGAGAACGUCAAGCAGCAAGAAAUCUCCGAUCUGAGUGCAAAAUUGGCUGAGACCAUGAACCGAUUCGAGACACAAAUGGCGGAAUCUGCCAAGACAGUCGGAAGCAUGCGAUCGGUCGAAAAACGUCAGUACGAGUUGGAGUGCGAAAAGAAGGAAAUGGAACUGCGAGAAACCGAGAUGCAGAUAACGACGCGAAAACUGCAAAAGGAGGUUGAUUUGUUGCGUUCGCAGUUGCUGUUGAAGGACAGUGAAGUGCGGAAACUCACGCAAGAACUGGCAAAUGCUCCAACAAGCGCUCCGCUGAUAUCAAGCGCCGAAGCAAAUGGAGACACAGAAGCCCAAAUCAGCUUCCUGAACUCAAUCAUCGCCGAUAUGCAGCGGAAAAACGACAAGUUGACUCUGCGGAUCCAGGCGUUGGAGCAGACUAGCAUCGAGGGUCCCAACACGAGCUUCGAGUUCAGCAAACGGAAACCGGCGCCGAGGGUUUUCUGCGACAUUUGCGACGAGUUCGAUCUGCACGAAACCGAAGACUGUCCGAAGCAGUGCUCGGAUAGUCCCCCCGAAUCCCUGAAGCACCCGUCAGCGGAACCAAGAGAACGAAAGAUUCCCCCGCCCCGGAAGUACUGCGAAGGAUGUGAAGUGUUUGGCCACGAACUGGGCGAAUGUCCCGACGAUGAGACCUAUUAAGACCGGGAAUGCGCAUGCUUCGCAAAACGGCCCCCGAAUGUAACCUAAUUUAUUAUUCUCAACAACAACUAGUUGAAAACAGUACCAAUAAGACAGGGCAGACACUAGGAUCUGCUGAAACGUUUCCUCCCUCUGUUCACUAUUUCGUAGCUCAGUUUAUGUGAAAAAAGAGCAGUUAAACGUUGCAUUGUUUUAGGCGAAAAGCUAUCGUUAUCUAUUUUACAAAACCCACUAACUAUUUAUUUUAAUUUUUACCUACCUAAUCGUUUGUUUGUCCGAUGAGAGACGAAAAAAGGCCAAAAAUAGCUAACGGCGAACACAAUAAAAAAUGAUGAACAUAAUCGAAGAAUUGCAACAGUUACUAGU